GUAUUGCCAACUUCACGGACGUGGCUGCGACGUUCACUGGUCUCAUCAAGGCUCUCCAGGAGUAUGCCGAUGACAUCAAGGACCUGGCAAGUGAGCACAAGAUCAAGAUCCUGAUUCGCCGAGCUGGUCCCAACUACCUUGAAGGCCUGCGCAAGGUGAAGGCUGCCAGCGACAAGCUUGGCCUCGGCAUCAAGGUGUACGGCCCGGAGACCCACAUCACGGCUGUGAUCCCCAUGGCCCUGGGAAAGAUCGAUCCCCUUCCAGAACCGGACCUGUCUGCUCCUUGCGGACCUCCGGUUCGGAAGAUGAUUGACCUCAAGGGCAAGAAGCCCACGCCGAAGGGCCAUCCUCCUGCGCCUGCAGGCACCAAGCACACACUCGUGACGGCCACGCCAGAGACCACAUCGAUUGUGUACGGCAUGCAAAACCGAGCGGUUCAAGGUAUGUUGGACUUUGACUUCAUGUGCAAGCGCAAGAAGCCGUCCGUGGAUGCCAUGGUCUUCCCCUUCUCCGGCAACUUGGCUGUCAAGUUCUACUGGGGCACAGAGGAGAUCCUGAUGCCUGUCUACACUACGACCAAGGAGGCGGUGCAGAAGCAUUCCAGCGCCUCUGUGUUCGUUAACUUUGCCUCCUUCCGCUCCGUGCACGAAACCUCUAUGGAGGCCAUGAAUUACAGCAGCUUGAAGACAAUCGCCAUCAUUGCCGAGGGUGUGCCUGAGCAGCAGACAAGGGACAUCAUCAAGGUCGCCGAGAAGAAGGGUGUAGGCAUCAUCGGCCCAGCAACUGUGGGUGGCAUCAAGCCUGGCUGUCUCCGCAUUGGGAACACUGGCGGCAUGUUGGACAACAUUGUGAUGUCCCGUCUCUACCGACCGGGUUCUGUUGCCUACGUUUCCAAGUCCGGAGGAAUGUCGAACGAGCUCAACAACAUUGUGUGCCGUAACUCGGACGGUGUCUAUGAGGGUGUUGCCAUCGGUGGCGACCGCUACCCUGGCAGCAGGUUCUUGGAUCACUUCCUUCGCUACCAGGACGACCCCAGCGCCAAGAUGCUGCUGUUGCUCGGAGAGGUUGGCGGAAUUGACGAGUACGACCUGAUCGACGCCGUGAAGAAGGGCCGAAUCACCAAGCCAGUCGUAGCCUGGUGCGUGGGCACGUGUGCCUCGUGCUUCACUACGGAGGUGCAGUUCGGACACGCUGGUGCGCAGGCACGUGGGCUUACCCCUUUCGAAGAGUGGAUGCCUGUAAACGGCCUUUGUGCAUCCUGGACUGAGAAGGCAAUGAAGGAAGCUGGAUUCCACGUGCCAGACUCCUUCGAUCUACUUCCGGAGAUGAUCAACAAGGUCUACACCAGUUUGGUGGAGGCCGGUGAGAUCGUGGAGCAGCACGAGGGCGAGACCCCCCAGGUGCCCAUGGACUACACCUGGGCAAAGAAGCUUGGAAUGGUCAGGAAGCCUGCAAACUUUAUCUCAUCCAUCUCCGAUGAUCGCGGAGAGGAGCUGACCUACUGCGGCAUGAGCAUCUCAGACGUCUUCACCAAGGAGAUUGGCAUCGGCGGCGUUCUCUCUCUCUUGUGGUUCCGCCGCCAACUUCCCGCUUACGCAACGAAGUUCAUCGAGAUGAUUCUCAUGGUCACGGCCGACCAUGGUCCAGCGGUGAGUGGUGCACACAACACCAUCGUCACAGCCCGCGCAGGCAAGGAUCUCGUGUCCUCUCUUUGCAGCGGCCUGCUGACGAUUGGGCCUCGCUUCGGUGGUGCGCUGGAUGAUGCGGCGAGAAUGUUCGCAGAUGCACAGGGCAGCGGAGUGGCGCCCAAGGAUUGGAUCGAGAAGAUGAAGAAGAGCAACCAGCUCAUCAUGGGCAUCGGGCACAGGAUCAAGUCCCUGGCAAAUCCUGACCAGCGAGUGGAGAUCAUCAAGGGUUUCGCCAAGAAGAACUUCAACUCAACGCCCGUUCUUGACUAUGCUCUGGCAGAGCAGAUCACGACUCGCAAGAGGGCCAACUUGAUCCUCAACGUCGACGGCUGCAUCGCUGUGUCGUUUGUGGACAUGAUCCGAUCCUGCGGUGCAUUCUCAAAGGAAGAGUGCGACGAUUUGAUGGAUUUUGGUUGCCUGAACGGGCUCUUUGUGCUAGGCCGAUCGAUCGGCUUCAUCGGACACUACCUGGAUCAGCUGCGGUUGAAACAGCCGCUGUACCGCCAUCCUUGGGAUGACAUCACGUACAUCCAGGACAUCUUGAGCUUGCAGGCCAGGGGCCGGAGUGAUGCCUGA